CAUCUGGCUACUGCAGCUGAGAGAAGACAUCAACUACAUUAGUUUUUUCGCCACUUACUUCCGCAAAACUAUCACCCAUCUAGGAACCAUGUCCGCCAAUGCCAAUGCACCUGCGCCAGCAGACAUGCUGGCCGCGUUCCACCGAUUCCUCACAUCACGCAGCCCAACAGGAAAACCUCCCAGAUAUGCUAGGCUGCUCAGCUCACCGAAUGUGGAUCUCUUACUUCGUUCGCGUCUGACAUACAUGGUCAGCGGCGCGACUGACGCACCGGGCUCGAAGACCGACCCCCGAGACCCUCAGACUGCAGCCGAGGAAGCUGUACAUGCCAUUGAGAUGAACAUGCUCAUCUUCGGCGUGACGGCCAUUCUAUUUGUCUGGAGUGACGUGCUUAAUGGCACAACUUAUGCCGAUGCUUUGGAUCCUAUCGGCGAGGAGAUGUUUAGAAUCAUGUUUGAUAGCGUGGAUAUUGCUUGCAAUAUUGCAACCUACGGAGAAGGAUUCGCCGACAUAAUCGCCACCUUCUCCACCAAUACAAAUCUCACCGCGGCACAACGCGUCGCCAAAAUCGAGGGCUAUAUCGCCGAAGUCCGAGCUCACGAAAAUGACUCUCGAGCCAUGUUAACCCGCCUCACCGACAAGAGUAACGAUUUUGUGGCAGCCUGGCUGGCAUUGGGCCAGGAAAGCUCCAGAAACGCCGGACAGGAUCUUCUUGAUGCCGAAGACCUACGAAUCGAAUUCGUUGCAAAUGUGGGUAUCCAGUCCCGUACCUGGAACACAACCGUGGUGGAUGCGCGUAUGAUCGAAUCUAUGCUGCAAAUGGCAGUCACGAUGGCGGAACAUCCCGCAUUCAUGCAGAUCAGCCUUGACCGGGCAGUGGAACUCUAUACAGCAAACGCAUUACACAUGAGAGCAUUUGCAUCCAAGUUGACGGAAUGGUUGGACGAGAAUGAUAUUGACACAGACAUUCUAGACCCUUGAGCACAUGUCAGACGCGUCAACAGAUGCAGAUCCAUCAUGUUCAGCUGCAAGGAUCAGAGUCUCACUGAAUAUGGAUUCCUCUUAUGGAAAGAGCCUUAUACGUCAUGUUAAUAUGCAUUCAUUUUCAAAACAUUGAGAAGAGGGGUAUCGGGCCAAAUUGAAUGACACUCCUAC